AUGCCCACCAAAGUACAAGAGUCGUUUGUCAUCCCCGGCGGCGCCCUCUACUCCGACUCAGCCGCCGACGGCCCCGAAAUCGGUACCCUCGUUCUCGUCGUGGAUCGCGCAAAGAACCUGCCCAACCUCAAGACCAUUGGCAAGCAGGACCCCUUCUGUGCUGCACGUCUGGGAAAGGAAGCAAAGAAGACCACUACCGACAUCCGCGGCGGCCAGACCCCCAGAUGGGACCAGGAGCUCCGAUUCACUGUCCACGACUCCCCCGAUUACUACCAGCUCAAGCUGUCCCUACUUACCGACGACAAGAAAAGCGAGUUGAUUGGCGAAACAUGGGUCGAUCUCGGAGGCGUCAUUGUUCCCGGCGGUGGUCAGAGCGACGACUGGCACCAGCUACAGUCUAGAGGCAAGUACGCUGGCGAGGUCCGCGUAGAGAUCACCUUUUACGAUAACCGACCGAGACCUGAAAAGUCCGUCGUAAAGCAACGACAGCAACAUCCCGUCGAGCAACAUAUUCCUUCAGCCAUAGUACCCGGUCCCGGGCCGAGAGGCGUGCCCAAACGCCGUCCACUGCCAGCACCAUCUGUCCAAGGCGGAGAUGGCCCUUAUAUUCCAAACCAAUCAGCCCUUCAGCAACUCGAGUACAACAACCCUCAUGCUGCGCGCUACCAACAACAGCCGCAGCAGCACCCAUAUCGCACCCCUCCACAAUAUCAACAACCUAGUCAAUACGACCUCCCUUCGUUAGACGACGGCCCAAGAAGCUUCGAAGGCGACCGCCCUCCACCUCCCCCGGCUCACCGAAUCCGAAAUGGCAACAAUGCCCCAGCCACAAACGGUUACCAAAACGGCUAUGAUGCGUCUGGAAAUGGAAUGCCGCCCAACAUGCGGCAGGACGUUCUCAGAAACGAGGCCCAUCGCCAAACAGGCUCGAUAGCUUAUCCGGGACGCCCGCAGUACAGGGGUUAUGACUCGGCUCCUGCGGCUCCUCUACGUAACUCCUCCGCAUUGGACAUGAACCACGACCCCUACGAUCUUCCCGAUGUUCUAGUUCCCGGGUCGGCUAAUGGCCCCAUGCGAGGCCGGACGGGACACACACAACCCAACGGAGACCAAUACCGACGACCGGAUCCUGGCGGCCAUGGGAUGGCAUAUGCUAGACACUCUGAGAGUUCCUUGUCACACUAUCCCCCGCAAAAUGACCAGAGAAGUCAGUCGUAUCAGGCUGGAUUCGAAGACCACACCGACAGUUAUCAACCGCCUCCGGUGCCUGUUUCUUUGGUCCCCGGCAUCGAUCCCAGUAUCGCCCAGGAGAUCACGGAGCGCGUGUACCAAGACAAGAACUCAAAACGAUACACGCACCCCAUAGACACGCAAGUUGGAAACAACUACCAGCAAUAUCCUCGUGACCACUCCCCAGUUCCCCCACAUCAACCACCUGUUCCACAACAUCCUCAAGGCAGAAGCCCUGGCGGCUACCAGGACGUACCAACACCAAUCACUCCUAACCACAAUGUCGCUAUGAACCAGCGCUCUUACUCUCCCAACCCACCAGUGCGCCGAGACCCAAGCCCAUUGCCAAGUCGUAGCCCCAACCCACAUCAACAAACCAUCAAGCGCAAAUCCGUCAGUCCUGCCCCGCCUCCUGUCGAAGAGCGCCGCCUUUCUGGCAUCCCAUUUGGUCCCGAUUCUUACAACGCCCUCAACCCCGCUGUUUCCGACAACAUCGGCCGCGCCGAUUACAAUGAAGCGAGCGGCAAGAUCAUAACCCACGACGGCAAGGAAGUUGACCCCUCUGACCAUCUUCCCAUGGAAACAUGGGCUCCCGAGCCUGAACCCAAGAAGAGCACUACUCCGCCAAACUCCUCUCAUGGCUCGCGGCCCCCUCUGUCCGGCGCUCAUGCCAUGCCCGGUCAUCAGGUGACUCCACGCUCUCGUCCGGGUACCAGUGCUGGCGGUGAGAGACCACGGUCUAUGCACGAGCAGCAUCAACGCAUUACACCGCCCGCGUCUCCCUCGGUAGCUGGUACGGUGAGCAGUAGGAAUAGGUUGCAGAAACGUAACCAUAGAAACACCAUCACCGCAGCUGGACCGAUGGGCAUGGGUCAGCCGGGUUUUAACAGAAGCAGCGAUAACGUCAGCUACCCCCCUUCUUCUUCACAGCAGGAUAACUUUACGCCAAGGUCCCUUUCUCGAGCGUCGACCUUUGACUAUUAUGGGGCCCAGAAUGGCAACGCCCCAGGAGGUCCCGUAUAUGGUGGCCACAGCCCCGGUGCUGCUCCCGGAGGCGUCCCACCGGUGCCAGCCAAGGUACCGCUUUCACUACCCUCGACUAUAGGACCAGCUGGCGGUGGACUGACCAUGAGUGGCGCGUUGCAGUUACACAGUGGUAGCCUUACGAGAAGGGGGGCUGCGCCGAUGGGAGUGGAUGAGUGGGGAGGGAUGACUGGUGGAGGGGUAGGAGGCGGAUAUGGAGGUAUGGGAGGUGGAAGCUUGGAAGAGGAGUUGUCCAAGAUUGAUAUUGGCACGGGAAGAUCGAGGAGGUUUACGGUCAAGGGGCCGUCGGGAGGACGGUUUAGGGGGUUUAAUUAGGGCUGCCCCUGUUGCCGGCUGUAGGUUGUAGGUGGGGGAUAAGCAACAUCGUCUCUGGUAGACGAGGCAGCAUCAUGAUUGUCGAGACAAAAGAAAAAGGGGAAGAUGUUACCCGAGUGCAACAGCAUGAGCGGCAUGAAAAGCAUCAGCAUGAAACGAGCAGGGUUCUCGUUUGUUCGAAUGUCAAGGAGGAAGCAUUGAUUGCAUCUGUUUGUAAACAAUAAGAGGGAGGAAAAG